AAAGAGCAGACACUUGCAAACGUACGAAAUUGCAACAUAUUCUUCCAACUUGGACACUAUUGGAUGUGAUAUACUCAUACAUAGAUUGACCACUAUCAUGUAUCUCUUAUGUUCCUCAAUUUAUUAUACAUAAACCUCAUAAUCCAUUUAUUUUCAUGUCACAAUUCAUAACUUCCUUACAUCAACCCAAGCCUAAACUUAAAACUUCCUAGGAAAGCCUUGUUAAUAUUAAAUCUUGUCAUGGAGAUGAAUUCAGAUUCUAGUGUUUGGUUUGAGACAGAAAACGAAGAUGAUACUUUCUAUGAUGAGAUUAAGAGGCAGAUUCUGCUAUUGACAUCUGAAGAAGACAAUGAAGAUUUAGUUGAAACCAAUAGUUUCAGACAAAUUGAUGUUACAAAUGAUGGUUCAAACAGGUCAAUUUACAAUUAUAACAAUGCAACAAAACCUACAAGAAAAUUCUAUUUGUGGGAAACAGAUAGCUCUGGUUCGCCGCCUAUUUGGCUAACGAAUUUGUGGAGGAAUGGUAAAGGUACUGGAGUGUUCAUUCCUCAAGUUUCAUGCAAGGAAAAUCAAAGACCAGCAAGAAUGAACAAUAGGACGAGGAAAAUUUAUAGACCAGUGGUGAAUAAGAAAUGAAGAAGCUUAUGCUGUGGAAAUUUGUAUUUGGUGAAAUUUGAACAGUGGAGUUUUAUCAUAAUAUAGCUUAUUAUGAUUUAUCCAAAGAAAAAGUGCAUGAAAAUAAGGGAGAAUAGGUUGUGAAAAACUCUCGUGAUAUCUAUGUACAGAUAAUAAUGUUAAUGCAAUUUAAUUUGUACAUAUUCUUGAUUGAAAGAAAGAAAAGACACAUAGAAGUACAGAUAUUAAAAUUUCAUGUGUCAAUUUACCAUAUAAGAGUUGGAAUGAUAUAUCUAUGGCAAUUAGUUUCAA